AUCUUUCCUUUCUUCUCUCUCCCUCUCUUUCUCAUCCUUCAGUUCGUGCAAACUUGCCUUCCAUCAACAAUUUAGCUAUGGAGAUGGAAUCUGCAAGCCAUGAAAAAGCGGGACUUCUCACUCGGUUGUGGACGUGCCUCAAGCCCUUGCCUGGGAAGUUAGUCUCCAAGGUGGCUGGGGUUGCUAGGAAGAUCAAGAAGCUCGGACAAGAUGACCCAAGAAGAGUCAUUCAUUCGCUAAAAGUGGGACUUGCACUCACUUUGAUUUCAUUAUUCUACUACUCUCGGGCUCUCUACAAAGGUUUUGGUGACUCUGCAAUGUGGGCUGUGAUGACUGUGGUUGUAGUCCUUGAAUUCUCCGUGGGAGCAACACUUGGAAAAGGUUUAAAUAGGGGAUUGGCAACAUUACUAGCCGGUGCUCUAGGUGUUGGAGUUCAUCACUUAGCAAGCCUAUCUGGUGGGAUAGGUGAGCCCAUGCUUCUUGGGUUCUUUGUCUUCCUCCAAGCUGCAGCCUCAACUUUUGCACGAUUCUGUCCUGGAAUAAAGGCCAGAUACGAUUAUGGGUGUUUGAUAUUUAUUUUAACAUUCUGCUUGGUAUCAGUUGCGGGUUACCGAGACCGUGAGAUAUUAGAGCUGGCUCACAAAAGGAUCUCUACCAUUCUCAUAGGUGGUGCUACAUGUGUGAUUAUAACCAUUGUCGUUUGCCCUGUAUGGGCUGGUGAAGAUCUUCAGAAUUUAGUUGCCCUCAACUUGGAAAAGAUUGGCAACUAUUUAGAAGGAUUUGGAGGUGAAUAUUUUAGAACAUCAGAAGAUGAAGAGUGUAAAGAUGAUAAGUCAUUUCUGCAAGGAUAUAUAAGUGUUCUCAAUUCAAAAGGCAGUGAAGAAAGCUUGGAAAAUUUUGCAAGAUGGGAACCAGGUCAUGGUCGAUUCCGAUUUCGUCAUCCAUGGAAACAGUACCUGAAAAUUGGAAACUUAACUCGCCAAUGUGCCUACCGCAUCGAAGCACUUAAUGGCUACCUUAACUCUGGGUUUCAGGCACCAACUGAAAUUCGAAGCAAAAUUAAGGACGUAUGCACAAUGAUGAGCUUGGAAUCUGGCAUGGCGUUAAACGAAUUAGCACUGGCAGUCAAAAAAAUGACCAGGCCAACCUCUGCUGACCCCCACAUUGAGAAAUCGGAAACGGCUGCUAAAACUCUAAAAACUUUACUCAAAUCAGGCAUCUCGGGAGACACUGACUUCUUAGAAGUAAUAAAGGUUGCAACAGUAGCUUCACUACUAAUUGAUGUCACAAACUGCACCCAAAAAAUUGCUGAGUCUGUUCAUGAACUUGCCUCCAUUGCGCACUUCAAGAGUGUAGAUCCAACUGUAUCGCCAGAAAAAUCACAGUUAAGUCAGGUAAAAUUGGCUGCCAAGGUAGAUUGCCCCCAAGUUAGUAUAACAGUUCGCGAAUCGAGUCCAAGUUCAAAAGAAAGUGGGAAUUCACUGGCACCAACAGCCGUUCCACGUGUGGUGUUGUAAAUACGUUUUACUGACAUGUAACCAAUACAUAAUACUGAAACUGAAUUAUUCAAGUUUAGGCAUGUGAGUAAAAGUAUUAUAACAAUUAAUGAGGACUUCGACAGGGAAAUCCUCUAACAUGCAAAUUUCUUUUCCUCUAUGUUGUACUAAAUAAAUGUUCUUCUGUCAGCCAUAUAUUCCCUUCUAUUAAUAUUUUUUCCCCUUUGAAAUAGGAUUCCAGGA